CCUGUCUAUCGUGGGGAAACACAAAUAAACAAAGACAUGGAUCCAAUGGUGAAAUGGACACGCCUAGAAGCAGUUACUUCCCCUUCAUGUGCAGUUACUCGAGUUCUCUAUGUCCUGGUAGACCGGGAGUCGAGUUGUGUGUUGCAUUUGGAGGUGUAUACACGGCCCGUGGAAUCCUGCGUGCGAUGUGGAGCUGAGCUAUAUGCACCAUGUGUAGGUUGUCGAUUACCAGGUGGGCCGGCAUUGUUCAGCAUUGCCAUUGAGAAUAUACCUGGAUAUACUGAAAUGUACAUGGAUUGUCAGUGUCAAUUGCAGAUGGCCGGUGACCGCCAGUAAGCCACUUAUCAAGUCAGGAUGCACAUGUCAGGUUUGUUCGCGUCGUCGCUUGUGAUGUUGCUGAUUGCAGCCGUCGCCUACUUCAUCUCCCUGGCAACAACGUCAUGGUCAACGUCAGGGAAGGAUCUGGCAUUUGGAAUCUGGAACUUCUGCUUCUUACAAUUGAUGGAUGGAGAAAACCGCUUGACCUGCCUGCCCAAUAAAGCUGAUUUCAGUAUGGCAGCCCAGGCCUUCUCUAUUCUGGCUGUGAUGUGUUACGCAGUCUCAUUCCUCCUCUACCUCGCAUACAUCGUCUUCCCGUCGUUGUCGAAGUCCCGGCCAAUCACGAUGGGGCUCUGCCUGCUCUCUUUCUGCGUUGUGUGCCUCCAGAUUAUGACAAUGAUCGUCUACGGGGUCAAGGUCGGAGAGUACUUCCGGAAAGUGGAGCUCCGCCAUUUCAGCCACAAUCUCGAUUCAUUGUCCAUUUCUUGGUCAUUUGCCUUUGCCAUUGUGUCCACUCUUGUUGGCACGGCAGCGGGAGUGUGCACGUUUAUUGAGCUGAGGAACAUCACAAUCGAAGAUCUCCUUUAAAGCACAAGAUCCCUCUUUAAAAGGGACAUUUCUACGAUACAGAAUAAUUCCGAGGAAACGACAGAUUUGAGAAACAAACUUUACGUUUUUUGUCAGUGUUGAUAAAGGUUUCCUAUUGGAUUUGAAAAUGUGAACAACAAAGGACACAUGAUGUUGAAAGACGAACAGCAAAUGAGGAUGUUAAGAAUGAUUGAAAACAUCAUGAAUCACUUCAUUCCCAGUCAGAACCUAGAACCUUCACUGUGAAUUAUGGCCACAUGACGUAGCCUGUUACCAUGACGAUGUCAUCUGGAGACGUUAAAUGUUCAGAACAAAAUAUAUCUUUACGUGUAUGUCCGUGAUGAUUUCAUGGAAAACUGGCAAGUCAUGUUGAGGAAUGGUGGCAUCGCAAGAAAGUGCCACCUCCACUCUCUGGACCUCCACAAAACCUUCGUAAACUUCGGAGCUCUGAAUCCUAAACAUAAUUCCCGUUGAGCUGGAAACGUUUCGGACAAUUUGUUACACUUGGUGUCGUGUACUUCCUGUACCUCAAAGUGGAAACUAAGCUAUUUCUGAGAGCCCUUUGCAUCAUCUGAGAUGCCCUUGACUGCAAGCUGCUAAACAAAUGGCUCGUAACAACAACGUUAAAAUAAGUUGACCAAACCAAAUGCGUUCCCAGAUCUCGUCAAGCAACCGAUACUGGCAUUUUUUCAAUAGAAGUGUCCCGAACAGUGAUAACAUGUUAUGAAUACGAUGUGCCAGUUUCGAGGAUGGAUGCCAUCUUCUUGUUUUGGGAAGAGCCGUACGUGUUUGAACAUUACUCAUCCUUACUCGCUCCAUGAUGGAUCGUACUAGAGAAGCCAUAGCGCUAAUAUUCUGACACGUACAGAUAUAGUUUCUCACAUAGAUUUUUCAACAACGCUAUGUCUCGUACAAUAUCGUUUGAGACUGACCUCGAUUGCAAAACCUCGUACACAUGCUAUGUUCACACUGACUGGCAUCCUCGAUUGUCCAGGGUGUUAUAUCCGCAUUGCAAUUGCGCUUGGCCUUUUCGAAUGUCACUUCGGUGUGUGACUGUAUUACAAAAUUGCUUCCUGGAAAAGUUGGGUUUUUUAAAUCUUAACUUCCAUGCACGGGAGAAAUCCCCCGCUAAGGUGGUACGUGCGGUGAAAGUGGUGACGAGUAAGUGCCAUAUUUGCAUAUGCUUUUUAUAUAGAUCUACACUGGAUAUAUCGAAGGUGGCUGACUGAGGCUUUGGUACCACGUAGUUCAGUAGUCGAGAUCAGUGUAUGUGUUUGUACAGAUAAGCACAAGUGUCGGGACCAUAGUUAAUGCUGAUCUGUAAAUGCAUAGCUGCUUACUAUGUGGGCUUCUUGGCCGCUUAUUAUUGUAUUUAUUUCAACAGUGUUAUGCACUUUAAACGAGUGAUGUAGAUUAGUAAACGUAAGUGCCUUU